CUCGUAACAACUAUGACCUAGAUGUUUAUAAUCAUACAUAUUUUGACAGAAUAGGUCAUUCAAACCGCGAUCAAAAAAUUGGAUGUUUGUAGACAUUUCUUAGCAGAUAUAAGCACGAUUGCACGUGUAUGCAUGUGCUAAGUGGUGUUUCAGUCAUGUUUGUGCAUAAAUAAUUUGUGAUAACUUUAAUAAGAUGAUGUUGAGCUAAAUAACUGAUUUCUGAAUGGUCAGUGAAGAGUUGAGUGUAUCAAAUAAAAUUUGUUCGCACAGACGACAUGAAUAAAUUGUCGAGGUUCACAUUUAGUUAUACUCAUAUUGCAAUCGCCACAAACAACAGUUAACUAUGCAGUACACCAUGUGCUUUCUGACCUGCUUUAUAAUACUUAUCUAUUCAUCAGUAUGUGUGAAUGCGAAUAAGUUAAGUAAAAUCAGCUUGAAUCGAGAUGGACUAUUCACUGAUUCUCGAGGAUUUACAAAGUUAUUUCGAGGCUUCAAUUCCAUCAGUAAAAGUUUUCCAUGGUACAAGAUACAGGCAUUGAAUAGAACACAAAUGAGAAUGUUUAAAGAUUGGGGUAUCAACGUAAUUCGACUACAAGUAAUGUGGAGUGGAUUAUUUCCAGCUCGAUCAGUAAUCAAUUCUACAUACUUGGAUCAAAUCGAGAAGAUAAUCAAGUUGUCUGGUGAACAUGGAAUUUACUUAAUAUUAGACAUGCAUCAAGAUGUGUUAUCAUCUCGUUAUGGCACAUAUGAUGGUAUUCCAUUAUGGCUAAUUGAUCAGUUCAAAAGACCACCAGCUUCCCUACAGUAUCCUUGGCCAUACAAGAGUCCUCCGGAUUGUAAAAUGUGUAAUUAUUUGACUUACGAAUGUGCCAGUGCAGCGCAACAGUUAUAUGACAAUGUAUCGAGUUCCUGGAAUCACUGGGGUGAUUUCUGGGAGAUAAUAGCGAGACGAUUCAAAGAGUUUUCAAAUGUGCUCGGUUAUGAGCUAAUUAAUGAGCCUCCACCGGGUAAUUACUAUGCCAAUCCACUGUAUGGUCUAUCAGGUUAUUCUGGUCGAUAUAAUCUACAACCGGUUUAUGAUUACCUUGUUGGACGAAUACGUGAACACGAUAAUGAUAAACUGAUAUUUUAUGAGCCUGUCACAUAUGGAAUAUUCCUUCCUUUCAAUGCAGGGUGGCUAGGUACAGGAUUUCAGCGUGUACCUGGAGCGAAUGACGACAAAUCAGCUCCAAAUAAAAGCGUACUUGCUUAUCAUUAUUACUGUUGGGUUCUACAGACAGACGGUCGAAAAGCGGAUAUGCCACUUUGGAAGAGGUUGUUGUGUGAUGAGUUCCUUUUACCGGAUGUUAUAUCUAAUGCUGUUAAAGCUACAAAAAUGACUGGAGGUGGUCGCUUCUUAACUGAAUUCGGUUUAUGUGGAGAUGAUGGAAAUCCGAAGAGUGUGAAUACAAUUGAAUGCAAUGCUGUGCUGGAUGAAGCUGAUAAGAAUUUCGAAUCAUGGACCUACUGGGAUGGGAAUUUUAUAGAUGAUAACGGAAAUCCAAUUAAAAGUCAGGUUCAAUCUUUCAUUCGUCCUUAUCCGCAAUCAACAAAAGGUAUAUUUCAGACACUUCAAUUCAAUCAUAAAACUGGUGAUUUUCAUUAUUCAUUUACCACAUUUCAAUCCGAAUAUCACAAUGAUAGUCAAACUUUAAUCGCAGAGAUUUAUAUACCAAAGUCCAUUCACUAUCCUAAUGGAUUUACAAUGAAUAUAAAACCAGAUGGCAUAUUUACAAAUAUGAGUGAGAAUAUUUUGUUUGUGUUCUUACCGAACACCAAGCGAAAUGAAUCCUUUGAAAUUAGGAUUGAUAUUAGCAAAAGUAGACCAUCUUAAUCGCUGAGCAAAAAACAUUAUUGAGUUUGCUUUUUUUCAGUUAGAAUUGUUUACAAAACACUAAUGUAUGGUUUUCAAUUGUAAUAAAUCAAGGCUGCUUUGUCACUUAGAUUUAUUUCAAGCCGAACUUUCUUUGAUGCUUAUAACGUUUAGUGACUAGCAGUAGAAUCCAGAACGUGUGUUUCAUCUCUUUUCAAACUUGCCUUAGUAAAUGAUGUUGCUCGCACUGCGAAACAAACCCAAGUAGUAAAGUUUCAUCCGUUAGGUUACUAAAUCACGAUAACCACCCUUUGUA